CGGUGUAGAGUAGUCUAACUCGAGAGCUCGACGAAGGCGGCCCGGUCGACAGGGACACUCGAAAAGGACCCCUCACAGUCUGUACACAGUGUGCGAUCUCCGAGCCUUGCCCAGCCUUGGGGGAGAGCAUGCAGCAGCUCCUUAGCUGGGCGGACGACGGUUGGUUUCUCUGACCCAGCCAGAAAAAAAACCACCCAAGAAACUAAACACCUUGUCGCGCCGUCUCGGCAGCCUCGGAUGCUAGCUCCUACUGUACCAGCGCACCCAAGGCAAGUUGGCAAGCAAGGCGGCAGUCAGCUCAAUAGUGUGUUGUCAGUGACUGCCCAGGUGGUCGGUGAGGUCAUGCCGUCGGGAUGCGAAAGGGAUGCAAGAGGGAUGUGGACCUUCUCAGGCCGAAACGGAUGGAUUCAGACGGAUCCCAAGGCCUGUCGUCGUUCGACGUUGUUUCCCAUUGCAUUACCAAUCCGGCCGGCGCCUGUUGGCCUGCACGGUUGAACCCCCAUGGCAGGUACGAAGUACCUCGGUACCGUGCUUGCUCCAUUCUGCCCAGUGCCCACAUCCUCCAUACAAUGGACCACCACGAACGGGCCCAGUCCGAACAAUAUAACAUGCGCCCGCCUCGCCUCGCCCUCGCCUGGGGCCUGCCGUCCCAUGCCACAACUGCCUCACUCUCGUCACGACCCCCUUUCCCAACACACAUAUCCAUACCGGUACAUACCUGGCACCCGUCACCGUAGCUGUUUGUUUGCGGCCAGACUGAUGCCCGCUUGAACACGCCCUCACCGCCGCACCUCCACAGACAGUCCGGAUGCGGCCAGCUGCAGUACCAGCCUUCCGCCUGCUUGCCACGGCUGUGGUCCUGGGAGCCGUGCUCCCGGCCGUGCUGGCGCAUGGCGACGAGGGCAUGGCCAUGGACGGGGACAUGGACGGCGCCAUGGAUAUGGGCGCCCAGCAGCCCGAGCAUGACGCUCACGAGUACCCGCCAAACUACUUUGGCCAUGCCGAGCAUAGGGGGAUUCUGAUUGCACACAUUGCCCUGAUGGUGCUAGGCUGGGUUGUCGUGCUGCCUCUGGCGACCAUGUUCUCCCUCGCUCGAUCACGCUACACCCUGGCCGCGCAGUUUGCAUUCCUCGCCGUCAACGGCCUCGGCGUCGUGUUCAGCACCAUCUACAACGCCAAGACACCCGACCUAUACCCAAAUAACGCGCACCACAAGCUGGGCUGGGUUGCGACGUGGGUCCUCUCCGCGCACGUCCUGGUCAGCCUGCUGGGCCGCCUCGCUGGCGCAUUCGCAAAGAAGGCCGACAGUGCGCUGGACACCGCGGAGCGACAGGGCUUCCUCCCCGUCUCGCGAGCUGCCAUGGACGCGCACCACCGGCUGCACGGCUCGCCAUACAGCGCCAUGCACCGGCACUCGGAUGACAGCGGCCACGGCACAGAGUCCCGGCCCCAAUCGCCCAGGAGCUCGUCCUUCUCCUCGAGCCCUGACACCCUAGCUAGUCCCAGCGCCCAGACGGCGCACAAGACUUUCCACGACGAGGACGAGGAUCUCGAGGCCGACGUUGACCUUCUCGACUCAGAGCAACGAGGUGGCGCUGUCCGCAACUUUGCGACCAAGAUUGGCAGCAAGAUCUCCUCUCGCGCGUGGCGGGUCCUGAUCCUGGCCUACAACGUCGUUGACCGCACGAGCAUGAUCCUGGGCUUUGUGGCGCUGUGCACUGGUGUCAUUACCUACGGCCGGUUCUUCGAAGGAAACAUGAUCUUCACAGGACUCGCACACUGGAUCAAGGGUGCCAUCUUCUUCUGGCUGGGCAUCUUCACCCUUGGAAGAUGGUGCGGCAGCUUCGGUGACCUCGGAUGGGCCUGGAAUGUGAAACCGAGAUCUGUCAGCGGCCGAUGGGUCCCGUCCGCAGAGUUCGUCGAGAGCGCUCUCAUUUUCAUCUACGGUGCGACCAACAUUUUCCUGGAGCACCUAGGCGGCUGGGGCGGCGAGUGGAGCUUCGAAGAUCUCGAGCACAUCUCGAUUACCGUGCUUUUCAUCGGAGGUGGCCUUUGUGGCAUGUUGAUCGAGUCCAUAAGCAUCCGCGACCUUCUGAACACCACGGUUGUCGAGGCCACGCAGGAUUCCUACGACAACGAGGAGCGCGAGAUGGCUCUCGAGGAGCCGCGCACAUACAACUUCUCCACGAACCCGAUCCCGGCCCUCGUGAUCCUCCUCCUGGGAAUCAUGAUGUCCAGCCACACCCAGCAGUCCAUGAUCAGCUCCAUGGUGCACAAGCAAUGGGGCAACCUCCUGACGGGCGCCUCGUUCGCCCGCGGAUUCUCGUACGUGCUCACGUACCUCAAGCCGCCCACCUCGAUCUUGCCCUCGAGGCCGCCCACCGAGCUCCUCACCAGCUUCGGCCUGAUGGCCGGCGGCAUCAUCUUCAUGGCCUCGAGCGGCGACACCGUCCUGGCGAUGGAAAUCCAGAACCUGGACGCCAUGUUCAUGUACACGGUGACCAUGGGCCUGAUCGGCGUUCUGAUGGCCUGGGAGAUCAUCCUCAUCGCCAUCAAGGGCUGGGCCGUGCGCAAGGAGGCCGGCAAGCCCAAGAUGUCCCAGAAGUACUACGAGGCGUGACAGCCGACCGCAGUACGAUGUGACCUCCCCCCCCCCGGCAUACCUAGGUAAUUUGUGGUGUAAUGCAGGCCUCUUCCACAAGAAGAACUGGCCGCCCGGAUUCAUUCCCCACCACCCUAGGUGUGUGGGGUUUUUGGAUUCGGUGUUUCUACGUUUUCUUUUCUCUCCUUUCAUUCACUUUUUGGAGUCUUGAUCGCCCAUGAUACCCAAUUUAUACCAGACCGCCACGUUUGCAAAGCAUUUACAAAGAAAGGGAUGAAUGAACAUGGAGGCCUGGUCAGGCAGAGAGCGGACGAAAGUUAGGGGUAUAUACGACAGAAGUGAUUGGGCCGGCAUGAUACCCCCCUCUUGGAAUUUAUGAAACGCGUUCGUUGAUUGGAUUGUUGGCAUCCUCCCCCUUUUUGGGAGACAGUAUAGAAUGAGGAGGCCAUUUGGGUCGGGACCUUCCUAAUGGCUGCGAGCGGUCGGCAUAUCUUAGAUGAGGCUGUUGUAGACAUGCAGCGUGUUGAGCACGAGCGAGACAUAGACGUACGAAUUUAAUGGGCUUGUUGACUUUUCGCAUUCACGCGUCAAGGUGCCCAUAGGGAGGGGUCAUUUGAUUUAUAUCACACCUCAAUCUAUUUCUCUGGUGGUCGGAA